GGUUCGCUGGCUGAUUUUUCAAGUUCGCCGUUUCAGUUUCCGUAAUGUUCUCACCGUGUUCAGAAGGCACAUUGGUGCUCUUGGUGUUUAUGUGAAAAUUUAAAAUUCGAGCGAGACGGAACAUACGGUUUAUUGUGCGUGUGAAGAGUACAGCAUGUGCUGAAAAUCUUGUCAAGCACAGACGAUUUUCAUACAUUUUACAUAGAAUUUGAUUACUAAUUUUUGUGCAAAAAUAUUACGAAUAUUUUGAAAGUUUUUGUGCCACGAUUAAAAGCGUAGUUUGAAUAUUAUAAUUGUUAUUGAAUUUUCGGCAGAUGUCAAUUGGAAAACCAGAAAUUUCGUGAUUGAAAAAAGCUGUCUGAGAUGCAUCAAACAUGAAUGAAGGUGAGUCAGCAGGAGGGGGGCAUCAACGGGCUAGCCCAGCCCCUCCUGCUGUAUCCGACCAUAGAUCAGUUUUAUCGUCAACAAAUACAACAGCUUCGGUGGCUGUACCCACCACACCAGCAACUGGAACAGUUGCAAUUCCAGAGGCAGAUACGUCUGUAACACCUCGCAGUUUUCAGCAAGCAUUUACACAGCAACAUUUGCCCAAAACACAUCAACAACAAAAACAAGAUCAAUUUGUGGCAACAACAAAACUAUCAACAAAUAUUCAAAGCAAUCAAACCAAAUCGUUACAACAGAAAUUUCAACAACAGUUGGCGCAGGCGCAGCAUUUGCCUAUGCCGCAAACAUCUCGUGUAACAGGAGCAACAGCGGCAAAUACGUCAAGUAGUUUCUUGGCAAGCGGACAAACCCAAAUUGAAAGCACAAGUGGUGUUGUUUUACAGAAUAUACAACGCGUGCCAGCGUCGACGGACACGACGUCGAGUAGUAGUCUUAUAAAUAAUUUUUCAACCUCAUCGGGUGCAACGAGUUUGAUUGGAGAGGCGGGAGGACAACAGGAUAUCUACAGCGGCUCACCGCUGGCCAAGCGUGCGAAGCUCGUUGGGAGUAGUAGCAGUAGCUUGACUGCCUCUUUGUUGCCAGCAAGUGGGAGUGCGCAAGAUAACAGCAGUACGGCUGUGUCUGCACCGCAGGACAUAAAUGCGCUCAAGAAGCGCAUUUUGGAGCAAAAGUAUUUACGUUUGCGAAGUCUUAAAGAAAGACACACAGAAAAUGUCGCCGAAUUAUUCUAUUUACAAAGCGGUGGCAAUAUGAUGGACUACCCAACGUGGCGUAAGAAACCACCAACCCCGCAGUUCGUCACCUUUAGUAAUGCUUAUCGUCUAGAUCAGUUGGUUAGUGAGGACAGAGCUGCUACAUUAGUACAGCAACAACAACAACAACAAAAGACAACUGAUAACAUAGCAACCAUAAUUGGUGUUGCUAGCAGCAAUCAGCAGCAGCAGCAACAAACUCAAAAACAACCCACACAAGAAUAUUUAUCUGCAAUCACAAACAAAACGAGCAUCCAAACUCAAAUAGCUUCAGAUAUAAAUAGUAAUAGUAGCAAUAGUAGUAGUGGCGGCAGUGGCUCCACUGCAGCCGCUACAUCGAAUUUGCUCACGACAACAACAACUUCAACACCUAUUGCCAGCAGUACUAGUGCGAACACCAUCGAUGCCAGUGGUGACGUACUGCCACAGGGUGCUGAAAUUAAAAUUCCCGCCGUCGGGGCAACGCCUGUGGCUGUUUCCACGAAACUACCAGCAGCUGUUGUACAACUGACCCAACAAGGUGGCACGCCGCUUGUACCUGCUAUCGGUAGUGGUGGUGGUGGUGGCGGCAGUGGCGGCGGCGGAAGCUCGCCGGCAGCUGUACUGAGACGUAAUGGCAAUGGACACUCAGCAGCAGCAUCGCCUGGUACAUCUGGGGCCGUGGGCGGCAGCAGCAGCAGUUUACACCUCAAUUCACCCGCUCCGCACUACUCCCCAACGCCCAAUGCUGUGUUGGUGCCUGCGACCGUUAAUGGUAGUACAGCUGCUAGCAGUAGUGGAAACACUGCCGCCUUGACCGGCAGCGGCAGCGCCAGCAGCAACAAUGCUAUACUAGGCACGACAUCGGCUGCAACGGCGAGCAACAGCAGCAGCAGCGCGCAAGAGUUUUCAUUCAAAGCCAAACAAGAGGUUUAUGUGCUCCAGCGCGUAUCCGAAUUACAACGAGAGGGAUUAUGGACUGAAAAACGUUUGCCGAAAUUGCAAGAGCCGAGCCGGCCGAAAGCACAUUGGGAUUACCUGCUGGAGGAAAUGGUGUGGCUGGCCGCGGAUUUUGCGCAAGAGCGUAAAUGGAAGAAGAAUGCAGCGAAGAAGUGUGCCAAAAUGGUGCAGAAAUACUUCCAGGAUAAAGCGAAUGCCGCACAAAAAGCCGAGAAGGCGCAGGAGGCCCAUCUCAAGCGUAUAGCCGCAUUUCUGUCGAAGGAGGUGAAAAUGUUUUGGUCAAAUGUGGAAAAAUUGGUGGAAUACAAACACCACACCAAGUUGGAGGAGAAGCGCAAAAAGGCGUUGGAUCAGCAUUUAAGUUUCAUUGUCGAUCAAACGGAGAAAUUCUCGCAACAAUUGGCGGAGGGCAUGAAUAAGAGCAUAAUGGAUGCAACGGCGGGUGCUAGUGGUGCGCCUAGUAUGGAAUCGAGCAGAAUAUCAUCACCCAAACGUGAGGGUGUCGCGGGGAAUGGCUCAGAUGAUGAUUUCCGUCCAGAGUCUGGUUCAGAGGAUGACGAGGAGACAAUUGCCAAGGCCGAGGAGGAAGCGGCCGAUGUUAAAGAAGAGGUUGCUGCCUUGGAAAAAGAAUCUCAAAUGGAUCUAGAUGAUUUUCUCAAAGAUCUACCAAAAGGUUAUUUGGAAAAUCGUGAUAAAAUUUUACUGGAAGAGGAGGAAGAUUCUAAAAUGGCAACAAGCAGUCAAGAAGAUGACGCGGAUGACGCCGAAUUCGAAGCGAAUGAAGAUAGUGGUGAUGAUGAGAAUACGAUCAGUAAGCAGGAGGAGGAAGAACAGGAUAUUGACCAUCAGAAAGAGAUUGACGAUUUAGAAGCAGAUAAUGACUUGACGGUGGAACAAUUGCUCGCAAAGUACAAAUCCGGCAAAAUUGAUGAACCAACAACAACAGCGUCGUCGCGUAAACGUGGAACAAAAUCACCAAUAGCAAAAAAACGCGCUAAAAUCGAAGUCGAUUCAGACGACGACGACGACGAGGAAGUGGCCGAUGAUGCGAGCAGUGAUGGAACGGUGGUCGAGACUGAGAGCGAGUCUGACGCCGAAGGUGAAGAUACAAACGAUGAGGAAGCGGCUAGUUCAGCGAAUGAGAGCGAAGACAACGAGCCGGAAGAUGGUCUGAAAAGUCUGCUGGAGGAUGCGGAAGGCAACAGCAAGGAUGAUAUGAUUAAAGAUGCUGCUGCCUUAGCUGAAAGUAUACAGCCUAAAGGUAAUACGCUCUCUUCAACGAAUGUAGUAACGCCGGUGCCAUUCUUGCUGAAGCAUUCAUUGCGUGAAUAUCAACACAUCGGCUUAGAUUGGCUUGUCACUAUGAAUGAGCGUAAAUUGAACGGCAUAUUGGCCGAUGAAAUGGGUCUGGGUAAGACCAUACAGACCAUCGCUUUGCUUGCACAUUUGGCAUGUGUCAAAGGUAAUUGGGGUCCUCACUUGAUUGUUGUUCCAUCAUCGGUGAUGUUGAAUUGGGAAAUGGAAUUUAAAAAAUGGUGUCCUGCCUUUAAAAUACUCACCUAUUAUGGUACGCAGAAAGAGCGUAAGCUGAAACGCGUUGGCUGGACGAAACCAAAUGCCUUUCACGUAUGCAUAACAUCCUACAAAUUGGUUGUGCAGGAUCAACAGAGUUUUCGGCGGAAAAAGUGGAAAUAUCUGAUAUUAGAUGAGGCACAAAAUAUCAAAAAUUUCAAGUCACAACGGUGGCAAUUGCUCUUGAAUUUCUCCACAGAGAGACGUCUAUUACUCACCGGCACGCCAUUACAAAAUGAUUUGAUGGAAUUAUGGUCUCUCAUGCAUUUCCUUAUGCCAUACGUGUUUUCAUCGCAUCGUGAAUUUAAGGAGUGGUUCUCAAAUCCCAUGACUGGCAUGAUCGAGGGUAAUAUGGAGUACAAUGAAACGCUCAUCAGUCGUCUGCAUAAGGUCAUACGUCCGUUUCUGUUGCGUCGCUUGAAAAAAGAAGUUGAGAAGCAAAUGCCGAAAAAGUACGAACAUGUAGUAAUGUGUCGUUUAUCCAAUCGUCAGCGAUAUUUAUACGAUGAUUUUAUGAGCCGCGCAAAAACAAAGGAAACGCUGCAAACUGGCAAUCUCUUGAGUGUUAUCAACAUACUAAUGCAGUUGCGUAAAGUUUGUAAUCAUCCAAAUAUGUUUGAAGUACGACCAACAAUUUCACCAUUUCAAAUGGAGGCCAUCACAUAUGAAGCGCCGAGGAUCGUUUAUGAUUUACUCGAAUAUGAUCCGUUUAAGCACAUCGAUUUGCAUUCUCUCAAUUUACUACUCAUCGACUUGGAGCUUACCCUUACCGCUUAUGUUUCACACAAAUCCCGCGUACUCGAAGCACCACGAAAGCUGAUAGAGGAAAUUGACAGCGCACCUGCGUUGCCGCCGCCCUGUCCGCGUGGUAAAUUUAAAUUCUACAUCCGUGUACGCGAUCAACAAGUUCAGCAGAAUUUAAGCCAGCACGUGACGUCUGUGCGUGUGGGCGCCAGUCCUGCCAUGCGUACUGAGGGUAAUAAAAUGGUGCCAUUGCGCGAUACAAAUACGGCGAAUCUGCGUUUGGUCAAGCGUUUGAAUCAUAUAAAUCCUGUUAACACAUCCAAAAUGCCCGCUUUAUCACUGGCGCCCUCAACUUCCAGUUCAGCAGCGGCGGCGUUGGCCAGUAGUAAUGCAGCCAACAGUAGUGGCAUUGCCAGCUUACGCACCGGCUCAGGUAUUUCAGUGACGCGUGUACAGGUGGGUCAACACUCGAGUGCGGGUCUGGCGCCACCUGCGGCGAAAAUCGCGAAACUAGUGCAACCUGCCAGCGGCAAACCAUAUUUUCUGGUCACAUCGUCAGCAGGCAGCAGCGCACUGAGUGACACAAUAAGUGCCAGCACUAGUGGUGGUGCUGGUGCUGGCGCGGGCAAUCGACUGACCUUGUUGUGUAAAAGUGGUAGCGGACAGGCGACAAGUAUACAGGCUGUGAGUGCUGGCACAAAAGCUGGCGUUGGCAUAAAGCCAAAAGCGAUGGAAAACUCCAAGCUGUUGAGCACCAUUGCGCAGCAGGUGAAAAACGUUACCGCAGCGGAGAAAGAUGACGGCGCCAGCAAUGCAAUGGACGUUGAUGAACAAGAUACGGCAGCGACCGAAACGUCAGAGGGGGAUCCCAUCUAUAAUAUGCAAGAUAUAUUGGAGAAGCGUAAGGAGCAGCGUACAGCGCGUCUCAAAUUGAUUUCAGCGGUGAAUAGGCGGCGCGUAGAGGGUGUGCCCAUCUACGGCGAAGAUUGUCGCUACGCUUUGGCGAAGUGCACGAAACCCAGUCAAGCAUUGGAGUACUCUACAUGGCAAACACGCAGUCACACCAAUUGCUCCACAGCCAUGGCACGUCGCGACGGCUGGACACUCAGUAAGAUACUCAAAGCGUAUGAGAAACGUGUAGAAGAGCUGCGGCAAACGUUUAGUAAUUUCGUUAUUUACGUACCGCCUGCGUGUGCGCCACGUAUACGCUUCUUUGUGCAACAUCUAACAUCGGGACGUUUGCAACGCGAAUGCGCCAUUGAAAGCACCGUUACACAAUAUGUCUCACCCAAAUUGGCAUUAUUGCAUCCGGUCAUCUCGGCAAUGACCACACAGUUUCCGGAUCCGCGUCUCAUACAAUACGAUUGCGGUAAAUUGCAGACGCUAGACCUACUCUUGCGUCAGCUGAAGUCUGAGCAACAUCGUGUGCUCAUCUUCACGCAAAUGACGAAAAUGCUGGACGUAUUGGAGGCGUUCCUAAACUAUCAUGGUCACAUUUAUCUGCGUUUGGAUGGUUCGACACGCGUUGAGCAGCGCCAAGUGCUGAUGGAGCGUUUUAAUGGUGAUAAACGCAUUUUCUGCUUCAUCCUCUCAACGCGUUCAGGCGGUGUGGGCAUCAAUUUAACUGGCGCUGAUACUGUGAUAUUUUACGAUUCCGAUUGGAAUCCAACAAUGGAUGCGCAAGCGCAAGAUCGUUGCCAUCGUAUUGGGCAAACGCGUGAUGUGCAUAUCUAUCGGCUGGUUUCGGAGAAAACAAUCGAGGUUAAUAUACUGAAGAAGGCUAAUCAAAAGCGUAUGCUCAGCGAUAUGGCCAUUGAGGGUGGUAACUUUACAACAACAUAUUUCAAAAGCUCCACCAUCAAGGAUCUCUUCAAUUUGGAGCAAGGUGAACAAGAUGCAUCUGCUGCUGGUAGUGUUGAGGCUGCGUCAAAUAGUGGCAAUCGUGUGGAAAAAGCAUCAAGCAGCGCUGCUGCUGCCGCAAUAGUUGGUGAGUUGGGAAGCGAACUUGAUGCGGAGAAACAGUCGUUGCGAGCUUUUGAAAGCGCAUUGGCUGCCGCCGAAGACGAACAGGACGUACAGGCUACCAAGACCGCUAAAGCCGAGGCAGCAGCCGAUUUGGCUGAGUUCGAUGAAACUAUACCAAUUGAUGAGGCGACCAAUGCUGAGGGCGGCGGUGCCACGACUGAGAUGAGCAAAGCCGAUUUGGAAAUGCAAAAUCUCGUUAAACAGCUCUCACCCAUCGAACGCUACGCCAUGCGCUUCGUUGAAGAAACCGGUGCCGCAUGGACUGCCGAGCAAUUGCGAGCAGCCGAAGAGGAAAUCGAAGCACAAAAACGUGAAUGGGAGGCAAAUCGUUUAGCGGCCUUGCAAAAGGAGGAGGAAAUGCUGAAAAAGGAGGCAGAAGCAGAUGAGAUGCUCACCUACAAUCGCAAGGAUGCAAGCAAUCAGAUUUGGAUAUCGGACAACACUCUGGAGCAAAUGCCGAUGUGGUGUCCACCCACACCGCCUCAAGAUGACAACGACAUAUACAUCGAUUACUCGCUAACAUUCAUGUAUGAGAUGAGUCCGAUACCGGAAACCGAAUUACCGCCCGUCUAUAUUAAGAAGGACUACAAAAGGUCGCGUGGCGAUGCAGGUUUUACUUUAGACGGCAAUCGUCGUCCCUUAAAAAUGCGACGAGAGGAUAACUAUGUAGCGCCUCGUUCAAUAUUUGAUCGUCCAUCGCCGGCCAUAGCGCGUAUACGUCGCGAUCUGAAAAACCAACGUUAUCGCGGCGUCUUCAAACCGAACGUGCAGAUACCCGGACUGAAACCACAAACCCCACAGAAACAGCUGGUGGAACCGGAAGGCAUGACUGAGUGGACCAUCUUCGAGGAUAUUGUUAUACUGCAUGUGUUGGUUAAUUUGCAAGGAUUGCCUUGUAACUUAAUGGUGCUCUCACCCGGGCACACGCCCAAUUGGGAUUUGGUUUCGGAAAUUGUCAAUUUCCAGUCGAAAACAUACCGUUCGCCGAAGCAAUGUCGUUGGCGCUACGAGAUGGUCAUACAACCGCGCGAGGAGGGUAAAUUUGUGGAGAGUCCAAAGAAGCAGAAGAAGAUGAAAGCGAUGCUGAAGUCUGAAUAUCUUAAGGGGCCACUGCGUUAUCUGCGCGCCACACACCUUUACGUGAACGACAACAAUCAAACAUUCACGAAGCUAAUGCGUUCGCGUUUCGACUGCAUAAAGGCGGCAUAUCUGAAGAAGGCGCCACCACCCAAGCGUCACUACACCUCGUCCAGCCCAAUGAAUCCCAAGCAUAUGGAAGUGCUGCAAGAGUUCGGCAUAAGCAAUUACGACCAGCCGAUUUCGCCGCUCAACAUUGCCGCUAUGAAGGCGAAUAAGAUACGCGAGAAGCAGCGCAGCCAAUGCCCACCCCCGCCGCCACCGGUACCCACACAGAGUGUACCUGUACAACAGCAACAACAACAGAUACAACAACAGCAGGCAACCGCCACGGUUGGGCAGGUGCAGAUACAAGAGAUGGUUGUGCAACAACAACAGCAAAGCGUCAACUCAGGCAACACGACGACGCUACAGCAGGCCGGUGGACUGCACACACAGCAACUGCAGAUUCAACACAUACCCAGCAGUAGUGUACAAGGCGUCACGCAACAACCAACCGCUACCGCCAUUGUACUGCAGCAUACAGGCACGUUGCCGGUCGCACACCAGCAUCAAUCCGGCGGCAAUGCGUCAACGCAAUCACAGCAGCAGCAAAUAUUGCGAGCGGGCAUGGGCAAUACGCAGAUUGUAAAAGCCAUAGUGGCGCCGCAAUCGGGUCUGCUCACAGCCGGUCAAAUGCAGCAGUUGACCCAGCAGACCGGCGCGCAACAUGUCCAGCUGCAGCAGCAGGGUGGUAACGUUGGCACCUCCUCGACAGUGUCGGUAGUGUUAACCACGCCCGUACAAACCCUACCUUCCAGCGUGCAGUCGGCGCAGCAGCACGGGCAGUCGUCCACCGCUCAAAUAGUAUCGAUUUCACCGCAAACGAUCGUCUCCAGUGGCGCGUCACAAAAUGGCAGUAGUAUUGUGCAGACAAUACCAUCUCAAACACUACCACAAGUAGUGUCCGUCUCACAGUUAGCCACCGUGGGCACAGUUCUCACAACCUCGGCCAACUUGCAGCCCAGCGCGACCGUCACGACCCUCAAUCCAUCCGCCUUGCGUGCACAACGCAUCGUUGCCGCAACCGCAGGCACGUUGCAGGAUGUCGUGCUGCAACAGCGCAGCGGCAACCCCAGUCCAACAAUCGUCUCCAUGUCAAAUCUGGGUCCCAGUGUUGCGGCGGCACAAUUCCAAGCGACACAACUACGUCUGGCCUCCAUGCCCGGCACUUCGCAGCAGGUCACUAAAGUGCCGGUCAGCACACUGCAACAGGGCGGCAAACUAACAGCCAAUGUCGGUGGCAAUCAACCGCCGCACAUACAGCUCUAUCGCCAGCGUCAACAACUGAAGGUGUUACAAACCUCCACCGGACAGGGCGGAGGUCAAACACUCGUGCAGACUGCUAGCGGACAAACCGCUUUGGUGAACGCUGCCGGCACCAUCAUACAGGGUAGUCUGGUACAAACGGCCGGUGGCCAGGCCACGAUGCAGAUGCAAGGUCAGAAGGUCGCUGUAGCCACAGUGUCCUCAUCGAAUAUGGUUGCGGCACCGAGCGGAGGAGUGGCUACCUCCGUGGCGACAGUGCAGGUGGCUCACCAAGGUCGCACACAAUUCAUCAAGCAAGUCGGCGGCAAGCAGACAAUCGCACGUCAAAUGGGCGAUGACAUGGUGCUGGUCAAGCGACAGGUUAUUGGCGCACAUCAGAAGGCGCAAGUGCUGCAGCAGGGGCAGAUCUUCAAUACCACAGCGACGACUGCGCAGGGCACCACAGUACAAUUGCAACAACAACAGUCGCAAAGCGCCAGUGCCCAGCAACAGUUGCAUACGCAACAGCAGCAACAACAACAGCAGGUGCAACAAGUGACGGCUCAACAAAUAGCGACACUCGUGAAGACCUCCUCUGGUGCUGGUAUUGUGCAGCAGGGUGGCGUCGGCGGUGUCACCGUGUCAACUGGUGGUGGCCAACAGCAGGGCACCACCGUUAAUAUGGCUCUUUCGCAUAUCAAGCCGGGCGGACAAAUAAAAGUCACCACCUCAAUGGCGAAUCAGGCUCAGAUGCGUCAAUUGCAUAUGCAACCGUUAAAUAUGCCACGAAAAAUCAAUCGUAUGACACAGAUCGCCACCGCUGCGCAGGCGGGUCAGCAGGUGAGCACUUCGGUGGGUCAGUCACAGUCUGGUGCGACGGUGGUACAACAGCCCAAAGGCGCAGGUGGAGUGCAGACGCAAUUGGUCCAUAUUCAGAACACAAAAUCGCUGCCCAGCUCGGUGACGGUGCAGCAAAUACAACAGGUUAUGCGGCAGGGGCAGCAGGGCUCACUGGCUGCAACGGGCCUGGUGCUGAGCAAGACCAGUGUGGGACGUGUUAUACCUGUGUCGGUGGCAUCGCAAUCUAAUCAGCGACAGACCAUACAGGUGAGACGAAAUGUGGUUUCAGCCGCUUCUGCACAAGCACUCGCCGCCGGCAAUCUCCGAGCACAUGUCGCUGGCGGUCAAAAUAUUGCUGGUACAAUAAAAGUGGGCACAACCAGCGGCAGUCAAUCGCAGACCCAACAAGCUAUACAUCUUAUACAACAACAAGUGGCUGCCCAGCAAGGGCAACGACAAAAUGCCAGUCCGGUGCGUCUACAAACAGCUGGUGGAAAUUUGGUAGCUGUUGUACAACAACAAAAUAUACAACAACAGCACCAACAACAACAAAGCCUUACAUCGUCCAGCAUAGCGAGUUCUUCGGGUGCGGGACAAGGUGAAGUGAUGACCAUAACGCAAACCAUAGCCACAACGAGUGGUGGUGGCGGUCAACAGCAGCAGCAACAAACAGCGCAACAAGCGACAACACAGCAGGUGCGCACAUUGAUGAAGAAGAAGAUCAUGCAAAUACGCAGCGAAAAGGAGUAGAUAAACUGUUGCUCCUGAUUGUCUUUUUUCAUUAUUAUACAAAAGAAAAAGUACAUAUAUAUGGAUAAUGUAAUGAAUUCUAUUAGGAAAUCAAAGCCAAUUGUAAUAUAGUGAAAUUAACAAUUGGUUCUAAAAAAAAAAAAACAAACUUUAAAAAAAUCUUAACGAGUAUUAUACGCAUAAACAUCAUGAUUAGUUUUAAAUAUUUAUAUUUAUAAACUGGCUAACGCAUAAAAACGAAAAAGAAAUUCAUGAAAAUAGUAAUAGAGUAAACAAAAGCUUAACAAAUUUGCUAUUGUUUUUGUUUUUUUUUCAACAUAGCUUGUUAAUUAUUUAAACUAAACAAAUAAAAUCACAUAUGUUUCCAUAUUUUAUGAUUAAUAAACACAAUAAAUUUAUGAAUAUUUUUUACCAUUAAAUUAAUUAUUCUAUCUACUCUGUACUAUUCGAUGUAAUUACAUAAUUUUAAGUAAAUAUUUUUAAACUACAAAAUUACAUUUUAAUCGUAUGUAAUAGUGUGCUAAGCCGUAUAUAAAUAAUUAUUCCCAAAACUUAAUAAAAUUAAUGCAUACAAAUAGAAGAAUUAAAAAAAA